GGCGCAUGCGCGGUGCGGCGCUGGCGGCGGGGCGGGAUGGUGGCGCCGCUGGAGGGCCCGAGCUGCAGGUCGGUGGCGGAGCCGGCCGGCCGGGGGGAGGCGGGGCGGACGCUUUCCGACGCUUUUCUCCUGUUCUCGUCCUCGUCGCCGCCGCUGUCGCCGCUUCCGCCCCCGAGCUGACGCUGUUCGGGGCUGUUUCGGCGCUGGCCGCGCGCGGGGUUGCGGGCGGGGGGCGGUCGCGGGCGGCUCGCCGGGAGCCCCCUGUGGAGCCCCCCGAGAUGUCCGCGGCCGCCCUCUGGCUCCCCAUGACAAGCAACCAGGAGGAUUUCUUCAGGGACUACCUCAAGAUGUUGGCGAACAUCGUCAUUCUGAGCCUGCUCAUCUCGGUCUCUCUGGCGUUCUGGAUCGUGUCCAUGACUGCGAGCACAUACUACGGUAAUAUUCGACCCAUUUCUCCAUGGCGCUGGCUUUUUUCAGUCGCAGUUCCAGUAGUGAUUGCUACACAGGGUUUUAAGAAGAGGAGUCUUGAUCACAGUGGUGCAUUGGCAGGAUUGGUGGUUGGAUUUAUCCUUACGGUUGCAAAUUACAGUUUCUUCACUUCUUUGCUUGUAUUUUUUGUUACUUCUUCAAAACUUACUAAAUGGAAAAAAGAUAUAAAGAAACGUAUAGAUUCAGAAUACAAAGAAGGUGGACAGAGGAAUUGGUUGCAAGUAUUCUGUAAUGGUGGUAUUCCUACUGAGCUGGCUAUCUUGUAUAUGAUAGAAAGUGGACCUGGUGAAAUUCCAAUAGACUUUACAAAGUAUUAUACAGCAUCGUGGAUGUGCUUAUCCCUUUUGGGAGCUUUGGCAUGCUCUGCUGGCGAUACAUGGGCAUCAGAGAUUGGUAGUGUUAUGAGUAAAAGCAAGCCAAGGUUGAUAACAACCUGGAAACAAGUUCCAGUAGGUACUAAUGGAGGAGUUACAUUGGUGGGCCUGCUCUCAAGUUUUCUUGGUGGCAUGGCAGUAGGUAUAGCCUACUACAUAACACAGCUUGUUUUUGUGAGUGAUCUGGAUGUGUCGGCUCCACAAUGGCCAAUUAUUGUGUUUGGAGCAGCAGCUGGCUUACUGGGAUCAAUUCUCGAUUCAUAUUUGGGUGCUACGAUGCAAUACAGUGGUUUUGACAAGAAUACCAGCAUGGUUGUCAACUACCAAACAAGAGACUGCCAGCACAUAUCUGGAAAGCCUAUAUUAGACAACAAUGCAGUAAAUCUUUUUUCAUCUCUGCUCGUUGCUCUGGUGUUUCCAGCUGUGGCAUUGUGUUUCUGGCCGAGACAUUGAAAUGGCUUAAGGCUUUCGGCACAUGAUCAGUUCUAUUCAGUCUUUCUUAGAGACUUCUAAGACUGCUCUUUGAGUGCUCUUAAAGAGAGGGAUCUGAACAUUUGAGAGAGCGAAUGGAUUUUCAUCUCAACUUACGUAAGCUUUGUAUGGCAGUUGCCAUCUAUGAGAACAAGAAGUUUUGUCAAUUUUGCUGUUGCUGCUCUUUGACUGCGUGUAGAUUGUUGCCAAGUGAGGUAAAGCACUUUAUUUGUCCUUCUGAAACCUAAGGAUUGGCUUCAGUGGUCUCAAUGGAGGAGCAGGAAGCUGGAAAUGUAAGUCUGAUCUACAUUUACCAGGGUGUUGGAGCACUGAAGCUAUUGUCCAAGCCAGGCACAAAGCCCUCUGCAACUUUGUGUAGGCAGGGAUAACAGGUGGAAAGGAUGAAUUCUGGUUUAGUAUGUCCUAUCAUAUAGACUAUGUAAAGUUUUAGGGAAAUAUUUUGGGGAGGGGGAAAAAAAAAGACGUAAGCCUUGCUGCCUGUUCUGUAUCCUGAUAAAACUUUUUCCUUCCCUGAAAAUGCAGUUACUAAAAAUAAGGCUAUUACAUAAUGUUUGGAGCAAAAGACUAUGUUUAGAAUUUUUAAAAAAGUGUUUCCAGUAAGAAUAAUAAAUUUGCCCAUGUUUAUUUGAA